AACACGGGGACUACGCGGAGAGAGAGACAGCGCACGCUAGUGGAGCAGCUGCUGCAGCGGUUGGCCACCGCCUCCAUCGCCGUCGCCGACUCGCCGCCAUCGUCGUUGCCGUCGUCGCCGUCGGCGGAGUAGGCAGGCGGCCAUGGCGGGGAAGCACGGCCGCAACGGCUUCGAGGACGACGACGUCAAUCCCUUCGCGGGAGGAAGUGUUCCUCCUGCCAACAAUUCUCGACUCCCACCUCUCUCCCAUGAGCCAGCUGAUUUUUACAAUGUGGACAUUCCUCUUGACUCGUCUAAGGAUUUGAAGAAAAAGGAGAAAGAACUCCAGGCAAUGGAAGCUGAACUAAACAAAAGAGAAAGGGAACUGAAAAGGAAGGAAGAGGCUGCAGCCCAAGCUGGCAUUGUCAUUGAAGAUAAAAAUUGGCCACCCUUUUUCCCUCUCAUUCACCAUAAUAUUUCAAAUGAGAUACCUAUUCAUCUACAAAGAAUGCAGUACCUUGCAUUUUCAUCGUUUUUGGGAUUGGCAGCCUGCCUAUUUUGGAAUAUCAUAGCAACCACAACCGCAUGGGUAAAAGGGGAAGGUGUUAUUAUCUGGUUGCUUGCUAUUAUCUACUUCAUAUCUGGUGUACCUGGUGCUUAUGUGUUAUGGUACCGCCCUCUUUAUAAUGCAAUGAGAACUGAGAGUGCUUUGAAGUUUGGGUGGUUUUUUCUGUUUUACCUGAUUCAUAUAAUCUUCUGUGUGUGGGCAGCUGUGGCUCCUCCUUUUCCUUUCAAAGGAAAAUCUUUGGCUGGGAUUUUGCCUGCCAUUGAUGUCAUAGGCAGGAGUGCUAUAGUGGGGAUAUUUUACUUUGUCGGGUUUGGAUUAUUCUGCCUUGAGUCACUGCUGAGCAUUGGUGUCAUUCAGCAAGUAUACAUGUACUUCCGUGGAAGUGGAAAAGCCGCAGAGAUGAAACGUGAGGCGGCACGUGGUGCUCUGAGCUCCGCAUUCUGAUGAAACAUGCCUUGAGCAAAACUGUAGCCAGAUGAUAUGAGUGGGAGGAAACACGAAACAUGAGUUGCCAAUCUAGCAUUCGCAUAGUGUACAUCCCUGACGGCUGAACAGCGUGCGGAUUUGGAAUCACCGAAAGCACCCAGCCAUUAUUAUCUUUUUUGCUCUUCUGUAAUAUAUAAGCAGCGUUCUUGUAUGGACGCGUUCAGGUGUUUGUUUCCAUUUGUUGACAAAGAUUUUAGAUGUGGACGUGUGUUGAUAGGGAAUAGACAUACAUACGCGUGCGCGAGUGGGAUCACCUGUUUUUUAUUACUUCCUUUGCAGCAUAGUUGCAGCACGUUGUGUUUAUCUGUUGACACGAUUUUCGUGAGUUAUAAGAUGAUUGAUGUCCUCUAAAAA